AUGCCGUCAUCAAGCACAAGAAGCAGUAAUCGCAAGAACAUCAACAACAACAGCCACAAUAAUACCACAUUGUCCGAAGAAACAUCAAAGACGGAUGCUGCUGCACCUCUAUGCAGGCAGCGGAUCAUUGCAUGCAUGGACGGCACUUGGGAUGUUGCAAGCGGCACCUUAGAAACCGCCUAUCCUCAACAAAUGUCGACGAACGAAACAUGGUCGCAAAUAGCACACUAUUUCCAGGGCGUCGGCGCAGAUGAAGAUGGUUUGCAAAAAUAUCUCGGUGGCGCAUUUGGGCUCGGCAUCAGUGAUCAAAUCUUACAGCCUUAUGCCGCACGUAGCUUGGCUGGUAUGAUACAUAAUGUGGGUCUACUGCCGUGCGAAUACGUCACUGUGGCGCUUCACGAGGCCUAUGAUCUCUAUCAACGGGCGGAUCGAAAAAGCCGUCCAAGCGACUCUGAAGCUGUAGAGUUUCGUCGCAAAUAUGGUUGCCGAGAGCCAGAGAUCAGAUUUUUGGGCUGUUUUGAUACAGUAGGAAGUCUCGGUGUGCCAUGUCUCCCAUGGUAUUUAGGUGGCUCUUUGUUGUGGAGCUUAUUUCAUGGAUUGCAUAAUUUUCAUGACACCAAGUUGUCUCCUAAAGUCAAAUCAGCAUUUCAUGCACUUGCGAUUCACGAGGAACGCGCAUGGUUUCGUCCUACGCUGAUGAAGUAUGGAUCACAUAAAAAAUCUGAUCAAGAGCUCCAACAGAUAUGGUUCCCUGGAACACAUUCUGAUGUUAUUGGUGGACCCAAAGCUUCUCGUGUCCUAUCUAAUCACUCGUUGCGAUGGAUGAUGACAAAGGCACAAGACUGCGGCUUGGUAUUUAGAUGUCCGAUUGAUGAAGUGUGUGGUGCACGGGCAUUUCUGUACAACGACAGCUACGAGAAUCAGUUGGUGUAUCGGCUAUUGCCUCGUACGAACCGCGUCAUUGAUACUACCAUUUUCCGUAAUCGCCAUGCACUGUAUAUGAACGGUCACUUUUCUGAGUAUAUCACCCAAGAACAGUUGGGACUUUUCCGAUCAAAUACUCUCGAUUCGUUCUUGUCAGAAUUGACCAACAACGAAGCGAUUGAUCGUCAUUGUUGA